UCCAGAUUUCAUCGUGACAACUAUCGUUUAUUCUUCCUAGCCAAAGAAACUUCAUCAAAAUGAUGAUUGAAGUGUUUGCCAUUAUUGCUGCGGCAACUGUCGUAUUUGGAGCUCCUCAACAAAAUCCUUCGGACAGCACGCCGGUGCCGAUAGUGUCCCAAAGCUCGAACCUUUCCCCGGACGGUUCCUUCAGCUAUGCCUACGAAUCAGGCAAUGGAAUUAAGGUGCAGGAUGAGGGAGAAAUCAAAGUGAUUCAGGUGCCAAAGGAAGAUGGAACCGGAACUGAACAGGCCUCGGUAGCUGUCCAGCAUGGAAGUUACUCGUAUCAAUCUCCCGAUGGAACUCCGAUCCAGGUUCAGUGGACUGCCGACGAGAAUGGAUUCCACGCUCAAGGAGAUCAUUUACCGGUGGGACCAGUAGCUUAAUUGUGUUCUAAAAGUGAAUACCGCGCUCCGACUGAAUUGUGUGACAAUUAACUAUUAUCUUUAUAUACUCAGUUUUGUAAUC